AUGGAAGCAGUCAGGACUUCCGAAGGAAAAAGAGUUGAGAUCAGGCGGGGCGACCCCUCCUCCUCCAACUCCUCCUCCACCGUCCGCUACCUACCCCCCGCCGCCGCCGACGACGACGCCGAGGGGCAGCAUCAGCCCCUGCAGCUCGUCCCCGUCGAGCGGAGCCCGCCGGGAUUUCUGACGAUAGCGGACCUGUCGGCGCCGCCGCUGCACGGGUCGCAGCUGCGCGUGGCGUACCAGGGCGUCCCGGGCGCCUACAGCGAGGCGGCGGCCGCGAAGGCCUACUCGGACUGCGAGGCCAUCCCCUGCGACCAGUUCGAGGCGGCGUUCCAGGCGGUGGAGCACUGGAUCGCGGACCGCGCGGUGCUGCCCGUGGAGAACUCGCUGGGGGGCAGCAUCCACCGCAACUACGACCUGCUGCUGCGGCACCGGCUCCACAUCGUGGGCGAGGUGCAGUUCAACGUCCACCACUGCCUGCUGGCCCUCCCGGGGGUCCGCCGGGAGGCGCUGACCCGCGUGAUCAGCCACCCGCAGGCCCUGGCGCAGUGCGAGCUCACGCUGACGGGCAUGGGCCUCAACGUGGCCCGCGAGGCCUUCGACGACACCGCGGGCGCCGCCGAGCACGUGGCGGCCCAGGGGCUGCGGGACACGGCGGCCAUCGCGUCGGCGCGGGCGGCGGAGCUGUACGGGCUGGAGGUGCUGGCGGACGGCAUCCAGGACGACGGCAGCAACGUGACCCGGUUCCUGAUGCUGGCCCGCGAGCCCAUCGUGCCCCGGACGGACCGCCCCUUCAAGACCAGCAUCGUGCUGGCCCACCCGGAGGACGGCACCUCCCUGCUCUUCAAGGUGCUCGCCGCCUUCGCCUUCCGCGACAUCCGCCUCUCCAAGAUCGAGAGCCGCCCCCACAAGCACCGCCCCGUCCGCCUCGUCGACGACGCCGGCGCCGGCGGCACCGCCAAGCGCUUCGAGUACACCUUCUACAUCGACUUCGAGGCCUCCCUCGCCGAGCCGCGCGCCCAGAGAGCGCUGGCCGAGAUCCAGGAGUUCACCUCCUUCCUCCGCGUCCUCGGAAGCUAUCCCAUGGACAUGACCCCCUGGACUCCCUCGGCCUCAGCCAACACGCCUCCUCCUCCUACUACUACUCACAAUAAUAAUGCAACAAGACGAUACCACUACUGAAUGAAUAUCCACUUGCAUGCGCCACUAGCGACUUUGUUUGUCUGUCUAUACACGGAGCUAGCUAUCUCGCGAGCUAGGCGCCACAUAAAAAGGUAAAUAAGAUUGGUUUUGAUUCUCUCUCUCUCUCUCUCUCUCUCUCUCUCUCUCUCUCUCUCUCUCCUUAAUUUAAUUAUUAUAUACUUGGUGAAUGAAUGAUUGUAUAAACAAACAAUUAUCUAUCUGUUUGGCCGACUUUCUAUGAGCAAAUGAAUGAAAUGUAAUAAUAAAGAGCACGUUCAGAUUUCUUCAGCAAUUAAUUUUUCCUUCUUUAUUUUUCCUAAA